AUGAAUCAAAAGUUAACUAUUGCUGAAACUAAAUAUUUAAGAAUACUAGCCAGAAAACACAUUUUACUUCCUACCAAACAUAAAAAGCCUUUGGUAAAGAAUUGGAAUAAGUUUUAUGUCGAGUAUAGAGGCAUUGAAAAGCUAUUGGAACUUAAUCAAGAAUAUUCUUUACGAACUGGAACUCUGAUUGGAAUUCAUAGAUAUUUACUGAUUAAGGAAUUACCAAAGUCUUGCUGGCUGUUGAAUAGUAAUGGUAAUAGAAUCGGGGAAAUUCACAGCAAAGGAAGAUUUGUAGUCGGAAUAGGGAGUAUUCACGAAAAAGGAACUAGGUAUACUUUGAAAGGCAAAAAAGGUUUAGAAAACAUUAGAGAUUUAGAACUAUACGAAAAGAAACUGAAUAAACCUAAACCAUCUACAUCAGAAAAAUUGAAAGGUUUAUCAGGAAAAGAAAACUAA